UCGCUGCCGUCUCGACUCAGAUUUGGCGCGAUGCAUCCCGAAAGUGCAAAAAGUAGUUCAAAAACCAUUUAAACUGGAAAAGAACAAUGUAGAUCCAGUGUUUGUGAUAUGACUCGAAUUUUGAUUGUUAUUGGAAGUGGUUCGGAAGUUUGUCGAACGCGAUCCGGACAAGAUGGUGCCGAUUAUAUUCGCAGUGAUAUUAGCGCUGCUUUCGCCGGGGCCGCAUUGUUCGUGCUUGCCGGAGCCCCCCGACGCCCCCACGACCCACGUAAAGCGAUGUCGGCGAAGCAGCUCCAUCGAUCACACCCAUGAGCACGAAGAGGGAGCGAAUUGGGCCAAAACCCACACAGCCUGGUCCGUGUCAAAAGCAGGCCCGAAAAUGUAUACGCCCUGCAAAUGUUAUGAGAAGACGGAUAGAAAAACACUCAACAUCUUCAGCGCAAGUUCCCCAGUUAACGUCAGCGAAGAUGUAUCGGCGCGUGAGACCGCGGGUUUCAUCAGGCUAAAGGAGGAGCGGCGAGGGUUCAUCUGUGAAACUUUGUUGAAGUGCGAGCCGAUACACUCGGGACAAAAGGACAACUUCGCCCUCGUGUUUCGCAAUGGCCGACAAAAUCGAAAGUUUGGAUGUGACGUCCUGGAGAGUUUCCAAUUGCCAGAACAGAAAACACAUGUUAUGUGGUGCUCAUUAGGGAAGAAAACGGGCGCCUUCCGGUCGUUCAAACGAAAGCGUUUAAAACGGUCUUCAGACUCCCGGCCUGAACUAGUGUACACUUUCAUCGAGCAAGCUGUACAGCCAGGUGCACAGGUGGCGCUCAAGUGCUCCGUGGUGGGAGAGCCGCCACCUCGCUUCAGGUGGAACCUGGACGGACUGCCGAUACCAGCUCAUCAUGGUGCCAUCAUAACCGAGGGCCGUGAAAGUGGCCCAGCUGGCGUGGGUGCAAGCGGCAACUACGUGCUGUCUACGCUGUCACUUACCAGUGCGCGCGUCGAACACGGCGGCAGAUACGAGUGCCGUGCCACCAACGUGCACGGGUCCAUCGCGCACGCUGCUAGGCUCAAUGUUUAUGGUAUGCGAUAUAGUAUAGGGCCGAGAGUGGGCGCCAGUGGUAACUACGUGCUAUCUACGCUGUCACUUAGCAGCGCACGUGUCGAAAACGGCGGCAGAUACGAGUGCCGCGCCACCAACGUGCACGGGUCCAUCGCGCACGCUGCUAGGCUCAAUGUUUAUGGUCCACCUUACAUCAGAGCAUUGGCGCCUGUGAAAGCGGUUGCCGGGUCUGAGGUGACCAUUUGGUGCCCCUACUACGGAUUCCCUGUUGAGUCAGUGAAAUGGGAAGGAGGUGCCGGGGCGGACUCUCGCUACCAGCAGAUGGGCGGUCAGCUGACCAUCCACAACGUCGACCGGAAUAGGGACAAGGGCACGUGGACCUGUUCCGUCCUGACCCCUGGGGGAGAAUUGGCGAAGAGAGAAGUCCAAAUAACAGUGGUGUCCCCCCCGGUUCUAUCUCCCGUGGUGUUCCCCCCCGGCCUGAGGGCAGGGGAUCGGGCGCAGCUGACCUGCAGCGUCACUUCAGGGGAUAUGCCCGUCUACUUCUCGUGGCUCAAAGAUCAGAUGCCCAUUUCUAGUGUUCUUCAAGUGGAAGAGCGAGGCGCAGAAUUUUACAGCAUGUUGAUCUUCAAAACCCUGACCGCGGCCCACAGCGGUAUCUACACAUGCGUGGUAACGAACACAGCCGGCAAGGCCAAUACUUCCGCCGAGUUAGCCAUCAAAGUGCCACCAUACUGGCAAAUUGAGCCGAGCGAUGCAUCAGUGCUGCUUAACGGAUCACUCACGGUGAGCUGCGAGGCGCGCGGGCAUCCAUCUCCGGCUAUUUAUUGGACCAAAUUUUCAGGGACUACAGAGACGAGUCUAGGUGGAGUGUCUGACCCAGUGGUCCUUAGCAACGGGUCAUUGAGGCUGGAGACCGCUCGAGCUGAGCAUUCGGGGAAGUACCGGUGCAGGGCUGAUAAUGGAGUGGCCCCGGCGCUGUCGAAGACUCUCAAUAUUCAUGUCAAUGAACCAGCAAGAUUUGAGACACCAUCUGCAAACGUGACAGCCAAGCUGGGAGAAACGGUUCGUUUGGCCUGUGUGGCACGCGGAGACACUCCUCUCUCUACCACUUGGAGUCACUCAGGGAGGGCUUUGCCCAAUUCAGAUUACCGAAUGAGCAUAUCAGAAACGCGGAGUGCCGAGGGUCUGAGGAGUGAGCUCGUUGUGGAGCGCGCGGAUCGCCGGGACUCCGGAGUGUACCGUUGCCAAGCCUCCAACCCUUACGGGCGGUCCGAUCACUUCGUCCAUUUGGCUGUGCAAGAACCACCGGAGCCACCGGCGAAUUUCCGCGUCCUCGAGACCUCCUCUCGUUCAGUGAGGCUGCAAUGGCGGCGGCCUUACGAUGGAAACUCCCCAGUGCUAGGCUACGUGGUGCAGUAUAGAAAGCACGACUCUAGCAGCGCCGACUCCUGGAGAGACGCUGAUACUCACAACGUGUCAGUCUCAGCACACUCCAUUGACUCCUACACUGAAACUGAAGGAGCAACAAUCACGGGCCUGGAGCCAGCGACGGCCUAUUUAGUCCGGGCGCGCACGGUCACGGCGCAGUUCGCGUCGGCUCACACCCGGGCGCUGCUCGCGCUGACGCUGCACGAGCCGCCUGCGCGCGCGCCGCUCAGUCUAAGGGCGUCUGCGCCGAGGCCGUCUACUAUUGAACUUGCUUGGCAGGCUCCACCAUCGUCAUCAUGGAACGGGGAACUGCUGGGCUACACAGUAUGGUGGUGGGCGUCUGCCGACGGAACCUUGGCAGGAGGGUCCAACGUCGGCAUGGAGUUUGCCACCGUAAGGGGACUCAUAAACAAAUACACUAUUGAGAGCCUGGAACACUAUACGAGGUACUCUGUGAGUGUCCGAGCCUUUAAUAGCGCUGGCGCUGGUCCGGCAACUGCUCCUGUGAACACGCUGACACAAGAGAGUGUCCCAUCAGAGGGUCCUCGGGCUGUACGGUGUCGCGCGGUAUCUCCUCAAAGCCUGAAGGUGGAGUGGUCGCCACCGCCGGCGCACGCGCACCACGGCGCUUUGCUCGGCUACAAGCUGCUCUACCGCCCGGAACACACGACUGAGUGGCUGGAGUGGGAAGUGCGGGGUAGUGGCACGGUGACAGCGGGCGCGGGCGCAGAAGUGAAGCGGGUAGCGGGCGUGGAAACGCUCCUGCUCGCACUGAGACCGCACACGAACUACACAAUACAAGCGCUAGCGUAUACUGCAGCGGGCGACGGCGUGCCCGCUCAUCCUAUACAUUGUACCACGCAGCAAGAUGCACCAGGACCACCAGCCGCUGUGAAAGUGGUGGCAACAUCAAUCACUUCUCUUGCCGUGAGCUGGCUGCCCCCCAGUCGGCCUAACGGACCGAUUCUUUACUACACAGUCUUCUAUCGAGAGCUUGGCAGGGACCGCCCGCCUCAAACCACGACCAUUCAAGCCGAGGAUGGCGACGCAUCCGUAGGCUUGGGAGGGUCGACGGAGCUGAGGUCCCUGUCUGAGGGCUCCACGUACGAGGCGUGGGUCGCCGCGCACUCCGCAGCGGGAGAAGGCGAACCCUCGGCCCCGCAGCCUACAACUAUUACGUCAAGAGGUAAUAAGAAAUUACAUUAUUCUUUGUCUAUGUGUCUUUUGUAA